AUGGUGUAUGCGAAGCGCCGUCCGGCUAUGCCACGCAACAGCAACUUCAAACCUCGCCCCGACAGCGAUGAAGACGGCCAGUCAAAGAUUUGCGGCAAAGACUCGACUCGCAGCUCGACCGACAGCACAGAACUUUCCAACCUCCCUGAUGCUUCCAAAAAAGCCGUGGACCAAAACAACCAUACCGCUGCCAUGCCUAUUAACGACACCUUCCUGAAGAAAGGGCACGGCUCCGGGCACAACUGCCCUUCAAAGGAUUCCGCGACCACUCACCCCUUCUGCCACCGAUGCUACAAGAAACAGCACGGUGGCCACUGCCCAUCUUGCAACUUCGUCGUCAGCUGGAAAUACGGCUGCGGCAACCACGGCUGGAAGGGUUACGAGCUGAAUGCAACGCCUCAAGAGAUCCUCAUAGGACCAGAAUGGGAUUCCGAGAAUCUCGAGGCGCGGUUCGUUGAGCGUGCCCUCCCACGUGGCUAA